GCCCGCCCUCCGUCCCACCCAAGGGCACCCCCAGCUAUGCACCUCCUGGGCCCCUUCCCGCUCCUGCUCCUGCUACUGCUCCAGACAGGGCCAGCCUCUUCCUCCUCCUCCUCCUCCUCCUUCCGUAUCUGUGCCUUCAACAUCCAGCGCCUGACCCUCGCUAAGGUGGCCAAGGUCAGCAUCUUGGACGUCCUGGUCAAGAUCCUGGCGCGCUGUGACAUCACCGUGCUGCAAGAGGUGAUCGAUACAUCGGGAGACACCAUCCCCCUCCUGCUCAGAGACCUCAACAACGUUCACAAGGACUCCGGCCCGUACAGCUCCCUGAGCAGCCCGCAGCUGGGCCGCAGCACCUACAUGGAGAAAUACGUCUUCAUCUACCGGUCGGACAGGACCAAGGUGCUGGACUCUUACGUGUACCAGGAUGAACAGCCAGGAAAGCCGGACGUCUUUGCCCGGGAGCCCUUCAUUGCCGUUUUUUCUCUGCCCAACAAAGUUCUCCCGUCCUUGGUGUUGGUGCCGCUGCACACGGCGCCCAAGAAUGCUGGGGCCGAGAUCAACGCCCUGUACGAUGUCUUCCUCAAUGUCACCCGGCAGAAGGACACAGAGGACAUAAUGUUGCUUGGAGAUUUCAAUGCUGACUGCAAGUUCCUGACCAAGAAGCAGCAGGAGGAGCUGCUGCUGAGAACGACGCCCGGGUUCCACUGGCUCAUUCCCGACGGGGUGGACACCACCGUGCGCCAGAGCACGCACUGCACCUACGACAGGAUCCUGGUGUACGGAGAGAACUGCUUCAGCCAAGUUCAGAGGGCUUCACCCUUCAACUUCCCCGAGUGGCUCGGGCUCACCGAGGCGCAGGCCCUGGAGAUUAGUGACCACUACCCAGUGGAGGUGGAGCUGAACAGAGCCGGUGGGAGGCAGUGGGACCUCAGCCCGGGCAUCCUGCUGCUCCCGCUCCUUCUGCUGUACCUCUCCGUUUGACGAUUCCCAUCGGGUCUGCUCCGCCUGUGGUCCCAGGCCCCGAGGCCACUCACUGACACCCCCAAUGGGCCCACCCACACCCGCUCAGGAUUCCUCUGUACUCAAGGACCCACUAUUUCUCCCUUUAGACAAACAGCCCUGUGUGUGAGGCGGGAACUCUGUCCAAACUGGUUGUUUUGUAUAGUAAGCACUUAACAAGAACCCUAAUUAUUACCCCAGGAGCCCCAUUCUCUGCAGUUAAGGUGGGGAAGGAGCCUCUGAGAGUCAAACUCCUUUCCUUCUCUGACCUGUUUCUCCUAUAUUUAUUCAUUCAGUCGUAUUUUUUGAGCACUUACUGUGUUCAGAGCACUGUACUAAGUGCUUAUUGCCAGUCCCGUGAGAGGGAAAGGAAGAGGGCAAGGCUGUCAGGGCCCCCAGCGACUAGGAAGCUGGGGAAUAAGCACUGACCCCUUUCCAGCUCUGGAGUUGAGAGUCCUCCACCUCCCACCCCAAGUCCCCUGCAGCCUCAGGGGUGUGGGGGCCUUCUCCUCUGCUCCUUAGCCACGGAACCAUGCCAACCGAUGAUCGCUCACCAGAGACUGGAUGUUAGAACAAUGUGUGCCGCGGCCUGGUCCCGGCUCUGUCCCUGCCUCCGCUGUGGCUGGAUGCUGGAGGUUGGAUCAGAUGGACAGGAGAGCGGGGAGAAGAGGUCCCCUUGCCAACAGCUCUCCCAGCCCGCUGGGCCGGGGAAGGGGAAGCAUCCUGGGGACAGCUGUCCGGACACGGGACCGGGGAGCCAUCUGCCAGGAACCUGGUCUCUGGGCACGUUGCUCUGACCAGAAAUAAAC